AUGCAACUUUGUACAUGGCUUGCUCUGGUGCUCUGGAGAUGGAGCACGCCCAUCGCUGCCUCCCGCGUUGCCGGGAAGGUCGGCCAGUUCGGGCGGCUCGCGCUGAGCAACGCGUCCGAGUCAGGCCCCCACGCGAGUCACGCGAGCUGCAACCGGGCCGUGGAGGAGCUCGAGCGGAAGUUCGAGGCGCGCAGCGCGAUGCAGUCGGCGAAAGACUCGCUGGGGCACACUCACAAGGUCGACUAUGGCCUGAUCGCGGAGAGCGGGGUGAGCGUCGUAGAUGGCUUCACCGACCUCUCCUGGAAGGUCGAGGUGUCCUCUGAGCAGAAGAGGAUCAUAGACGGGGUGGGCAAGACGGUCCAGGGCGUGAGCGGCGUCAUGCUUGCGAUCUCGCCCACACUUGGGCCAGCCGGGCCUGUAGCCGCCGGCAUCUCCACUUGCCUCAGCCUGCUGGCUGGGGGCAUGAUGGUCGCAACGGAGACGGCGACGCCCUGCCCGGACCAGCAGCUCGACGCCCUGACGGAGCGUGUGAACUCCGGCUUCAACAUGCUGGGCUUGCAGCUCGCUGAGCUGACCGAAGAGACGCGCAAGGUGCAGAAGGCGAUCAACAAGCUGGCCGAGGACCUCUCGCAGCAAGUCACGCAGGUCCUGCACAAGCUGACCCAGGUCCAGAUCCAGCUUGUGCAGAACUACAUGAAGCGUGACCUUGUCGACAUGAGGAUCAUACACAGCCGCCACCAGGACUUCCUUGAUGCGGUGCAAAGCGGUAUGGCGGCCAAGGAUAUUCACGCCAUUCUCUCACGAACGAUCAGAGCAGAUCAAGUUCGGUAUGACCAGCUGCGACAGGGGCUUGAGGGGAACUUGGACACCUGGCUCAACUGCGAAAGCUGCGGUGGAAAGGCUGCAGCCGCACUGUGGUUCACGCAGGCGUACGCAGCGCGCGUGGAGAUCUUCAACCUGAUGUACUUCUACGACCUCGUGGAUGGGCACGUGGACAUGGCAGUUCUCCGUCGCAGGCAUCUCGAGGAGGACAGCAGGGAUUGGACCGCCAAGAUCGUCAGUCUGGGGCUGGGGUGUUGGCUGCGCCUGCAGCCCGAAGAGCUUGCUCCGUACCUGCAGGUGCCCCUUGCCGUCCAGGGCCAGGCGCGGCAGUGGGGCACCCAGAUGAGGCACUGGAAUGCCACGCUGCGCGUCGAGGCGGCGCGGAACCUGCGAGAACUCGCCAUUCAGUCAAGGGCAGCUGCAGCGAUGGCUGUGUCGGAGCUGCAGGCGGCGGUCCAGGCGAAGACCAUGCUGGCCUCGGGGGACAGCUCGUGGGGGAGGGACUACUGCAAGUGCGUGUACUCGCGUCGCAUUCAUGGUGCUCAGGGCUUCGGAUGCCAACGCAGCUGCACAGGUGGCACUGCCGAGUGGUUUUCCGUCACCCGCAAUGGGCGCCUCCUGUUCGCUGGCGAGGAGCCCUGGAAGGCAACUUGGGAGGUGGGCCAUGACCCCUCGGACAUCUUGAACAAGGGGCCCUGGAAGAACUACACCACCUCGGCUCACUACCAUCCCAUCGAGGCCCCGGGCAUGUUCCAGGUGCGAUUCUCCCCGGAAAACGCCACGGACCCACGCACCAACACCGCCUACUGCCUCAUGGGCGGCUAUGAAAGGCUACUCGUGAUACCAAGCUGCCGCAAUUUGGUGGACUGGAGAGCCCUGCACGUCGCGUCCUGCGUCGAAGCGUCGCGGGCCUUGGGAGCCAUCGGCUUUCCGGCCGCAGUGGAGGCUGCAGGGGCACUCCGCGCCAUGGCCGACCACGUGGAUCCCGGCGAUGUCUUCCGCCCGUGCGCCGACGCGGCGCAGGCUGCCCUGCAAGAGUUGCAACCUGAGAGCGCCGGGGCCUGA